CUGGGGAGACCAGAUAUAGUGAAUGCAGGGUCUGGGGAGACCAGAUAUAGUGAAUGCAGGGUCCGGGGAGACCAGAUAUAGUGAAUGCAGGGUCCGGGGAGACCAGAUAUAGUGAAUGCAGGGUCCAGGGAGACCAGAUAUAGUGAAUGCAGGGUCCGGGGAGACCAGAUAUAGUGAAUGCAGGGGUCCGGGGAGACCAGAUAUAGUGAAUGCAGGGUCCGGGGAGAGCGGAUAUAGUGAAUGCAGGGUCCGGGGAGAGCUGAUAUAGUGAAUGCAGGGUCCAAGGAGACCAGAUAUAGUGAAUGCAGGGUCCGGGAGACCAGAUAUAGUGAAUGUAGAGUCCGGGGAGAGCUGAUAUAGUGAAU